AUGGAGGUUCUAUAUAGCGGUUUACAGAUUCUGUAUAUGUUGCAUCAGAAAUUGGCGACAGAAUAUUGCGGUUCCCAGAGAUUUAUUCCGAGUGGCUCUGUGCCGCAGUCCUCAAAGAAUGGACAAGAGGGGACAGCCACCUCCAAGUCGCGAGAUGUAUUGACGGGGAUGACGAAGCUCAAGAUUGUUAAUUCUUGUCCUAAUGUAACGGUUCUGCAAAGUCAACACUAUCGUGUAACGUGA